AUGAACGAAGAUAUUACUAUGUCAAGUGCAAAUAUUGUUGGUAACAACUCUGGUUACGUUCGCAAGGUCCGUGAACCCGAUGUUUUUAAUGGUGAAAGAGACGCUAUUGUUCUAAAAAACGCAUGGAUUUACUCUUUGGAGUUGUAUUUCUCCUUGGUAAAGAUUGAAAACACCCAAGAAAAGCUUUUGGUUGGACUUUCUCUGUUGCGAAAUGAUGCUCAAUUGUGGUACUCACAGAUGAGUGCCUUUGAUAGUGAGCAUACACCACAAGAUUGGGAAACGUUCAAGACGGCAUUGCGUAAUGAAUUCAUACCAAUCGAUGCCACUGCCAAGGCGCGCGAUGGUAUGGCUAAUCUGGUCCAAGUCUCGAAUGUUACGAGUUAUAUCAACGCAUUCAGACGUCUACUAUUACAGAUCCCGGAUAUGACGCCUGGUGUAGCUCAAGACAAGUUUGUGAGAGGACUAAAACAACCUCUUCGUCAUGCUGUGCGAUCUCAUUUUCCCAAAUCGCUGGAGGAAGCUCAGCGUUUGGCUCUUGCCAUCGAAGGUGCUGGUGAAGACGAGGUAGUUCAACCUAUUAGGCCGAAUGUACCGCAACCUCAGUAUGAAUCGAUGGAUUUGGAUGCAAUCCGUGAACUAGUCAAUGCUAUUAAUGGUGUUCCUGGCGGUCGACGUAACUUUAAUGCUGGUAACAAACCCAGAAACAAUACCAACAUUAAAUGUUACAAUUGUCAAGGUUGGGGACACAUGCAAGGUGAGUGCCCCAGCCCUCGUACUAAUGGUCGUGGUGGUGGAAAACGCUAUGGUGGCUCUUUUAAAAAGCAUUUAAAAGAUAUCAAAGUAGGAGAUACUGUUCCCAAGACUGGUAAUGAUGGUGUUGAUCUGUUAGAUCUCGAUAGCGAUCACGAAGUGGAUGAUCUAAAGACUGACAGCAAUUAUUUGUUUAAUUUGGAAAAGAACAAUAAAACUGUUGCAUACAAGCAUGCAUCUUAG